CGGCCGGAUGAGCCGUCAGGGGCAGCGAGCCCCGAUAGGCUCCGGGGCUGGGAAGCGAGCCCGGUCGUACCCUCAGUUCCGCUGCGGAGGCGCAGCCUGACGUUUGCGGCGUUCGUUAGCAGUCGGGUUCAUUUCUGCUGCUCCGCUGACAUGCCAAGUACCUGCCCGAUCCCCUCGGAUCGGAGGGAGGAAAUGCUGGAAGCGCUCAAGGCUCUCUCGACCUUUUUUGUUGAAAACAGUUUGCGCACCCGAAGAAACUUGCGUGGAGACAUUGAACGACGAAGCUUAGCCAUAAAUGAAGAAUUUGUUCACAUUUUCAAGCAAGUUAAAGAGGAGCUUGAGAGUAUAAAUGAAGAUGUACAAGCGAUGAGCAGCUGCUGUGAAGAUAUGUCCAGUCGUUUGAAGGCAGCAAAGGAGCAAACCCAGGACUUGAUAGUAAAAACCACAAAGCUCCAGGCAGAAAAUCAGAGACUAGAAAUGAAAGCACAAGUUGCAGAUGCAUUUAUAGCAAAAUUCCAACUGACAGCAGAUGAAAUGAACCUCCUUCGAGGCACAAAAGAUGAGCCAAUUACUGAGGAUUUUUUCAAGGCUUUGGGAAGAGUAAAGCAAAUUCAUGAUGAUGUCAAGAUUCUCCUCCGGACAAAUCAGCAAAGGGCAGGUUUGGAAAUUAUGGAACAGAUGGCUUUACUGCAAGAGACAUCUUACGAGCGACUUUACAGAUGGACUCAAAAUGAAUGCAGGACUUUGACACAAGAAUCAUGUGACAUUUCUCCAGUGCUCGCUCAAGCCAUGGAAGCUUUAAAAGAUAGACCUGUCCUGUAUAAGUACACGUUGGAUGAGUUUGGAACAGCUAGGAGGAGUGCUGUGGUCCGUGGCUUUAUAGAUGCUCUCACUAGAGGAGGUCUGAGUGGUACUCCCCGCCCUAUUGAAAUGCACUCACAUGAUCCUCUGAGGUACAUAGGAGACAUGCUGGCCUGGUUGCAUCAAGCUACAGCUUCUGAAAAAGAGCACCUAGAAGCUAUGUUAAAGCUUGUAACUAUUGAAGGUGUGGAAGAAAAUAUUCAAGAAGUAGUUGGACACAUCACAGAAGGUGUCUGCAGGCCUCUGAAGGUUAGAAUUGAGCAGGUCAUUGUUGCUGAGCCAGGAGCAGUUUUACUGUACAAGAUUUCUAAUCUUCUCAAGUUCUAUCACCAUACAAUCAGUGGUAUUGUAGGAAACAGUGCAGCCACACUGUUGACAACAAUUGAAGAAAUGCAUUUGUUGAGCAAGAAAAUAUUCUUUAAUAGCUUGAGUCUUCAUGCAAGUAAACUAAUGGACAAGGUUGAACUCCCACCUCCUGAUCUUGGCCCAAGCUCUGCACUGAAUCAGACACUUAACUUGCUACGGGAGGUUCUGGCAUCACACGACUCAUCUGUUGUUCCACUGGAUGCCCGUCAAGCUGAUUUUGUGCAGGUUCUGUCUUGUGUGCUAGAUCCAUUGUUACAGAUGUGUACUAUGUCUGCUAGUAAUUUGGGCACAGCUGAUAUGGCAACCUUCAUGGUAAAUUCACUUUAUAUGAUGAGGACUACUUUGGCUCUCUUUGAAUUCACUGAUAAGCGUCUAGAAAUGUUGCAGUUUCAGAUUGAAGCUCAUUUAGAUACACUCAUAAAUGAACAAGCUUCCUACGUGUUAACAAGAGCUGGUCUAAGCUACAUAUAUAACUCAGUGCAGCAACACAAACCAGAACAGGGCCCUCUUUCAUGUUUGCCAAAUAUGGAUUCUGUGUCCCUAAAGGUUGCAAUGGCUCAGUUUGAUCGCUAUCUGUCUGCUCCAGAUAGUCUGUUAAUGGCCCAGCUGAAUUUCCUUCUCAGUGCCACUGUGAAAGAGCAGAUAAUAAAGCAGUCAACAGAACUGGUCUGCAGAGCUUACAGUGAGUUAUAUGCAGCUGUGAUGGAUCCUUCAAAUGAAUAUAAGGAUCCAGAAACCAUACUACUCAGAUCUCCUCAUCAAGUUCAGGCGCUCCUUUCAUAAUCUUGUUUCCCCCAGAUUUUUCAGAAUCCAUAAUUGUGUAUUUGUUAGGUAUUUGCAUCGAGUUAUUUUUCUGUUUUGAAUUUUGAUGUGUAAAUAUAUUGUUAAAAUGUGUAGGAGUGCAGUUUUGUUUAAUCUGCUUGGCAGAAGUUGUCUUUCCUGUGUCUUUGAAUACCUUCCAUAGGCCAGACAAUAGAAUAUAGAUUAAAAAUUAUUUUAAUGUGUUUCUCUUAUGGGAAUGGACCUUGACAAUGUGCAAUCUCUUUGAAAAAGAAAAAACUUUUUCCUUGCUGUACAUAAUCCUUUCAACUAGAGGGUGAACCAGUAUCUCUUACAACCUCACCAAUACUUUUAUUUGCUCUUUUUCCUGUUCUUUCACUCUUUUUCUCAGUUUAUCAAGAGUAAAUCCUGAUAACUGUAAUUUUGAUUGAACUGAUAUACUUAGAAUGUCUCAAGUGCAUCACUUUUACAGCUCAUAAAUCAUUUUGGAGUAUCUGAUGCUGUUUUUUCAAAUCCUGUUGAUUAAAUCUUUGAGGCAAAAUUUGUGUGCUUUAUUGGAAUCCAGUAUCGUUGCUAGUUCUGGUGGUUUCUGUAAGAAAAAGAAAUAUUUUAUCUACAUGCAAGUACAGAACCUGGAACUUAAUGCUUUCAGCUAUUUGUAUAAAUUUGUUUUACUUGAAGGA